CACCACCACAUUUUGGGUGCUCCUUCACCGACUGGAACAGGGAACUUCCCUCACCAACCAACCCGUUAUGGCUUCCCUCUCCAAAGGCGAUCAGAAUCAGGUUCUGGUGGAGCGUAAAUCGUGUGCGAGAGUUUUGACAUUAAACAGGCCUAAGCAAUUGAAUGCGCUCUCUUUUUAUAUGGUGUCUCGGCUGCUGGAAGUUUUUCAUGAGGAUGAGGGAAACUCUGAUGUUAAAUUGAUUAUCGUGAAGGGAAAUGGAAGGGCAUUUUGCGCAGGUGGUGAUGUUGCAACUGUUGUUCGUGAUGCAAGAGGAGGUGAUUGGAAGUCUGGUGCAAAAUAUUUUAACAUAGAAUUUAAAUUGAAUUACAUGAUGGCAACAUAUAGCAAGCCCCAGAUUUCAAUUCUUAAUGGAAUUGUCAUGGGAGGUGGUGCUGGUGCUUCUAUACAUGGAAGAUUUCGUGUUGUUACGGAGAAUACGGUCUUUGCAAUGCCAGAAACAGCUUUGGGUUUAUUUCCUGAUGUAGGUUCCUCAUAUUUCUUGUCUAGACUCGCUGGAUUUUUCGGAGAAUACGUUGGUCUUACAGGUGCUAGAUUGGAUGGUGCGGAAAUGCUUGCUUGUGGUCUUGCAACACAUUUUGUCCCAACUUCGAAAUUGUCUUUGUUGGAAGAAUCAUUAUGCAAGGUGGAAACCAGUGAUUCAUCUGCAAUAUCUGCAGUUAUUGAUAAGUACACCGAACAACCUUCCCUAAAAGAGGAUAGCGUUUAUCACAGGAUGCAUAUGAUCAAUAAGUGUUUCUCUAGAAGAACAGUUGAGGAAAUAUUAUCUUCUCUUGAGGAGAUGGAAGCUAUGAGUAAGGCUGAUAAUUGGAUUUUGGCAACUAUUCAAACCUUAAAGAAAGCAUCUCCAACAAGCCUUAAAAUCUUUCUUAGAUUGAUUAGACAAGCCAGGCUCCUAGGUAUUGGUCAAUGCCUUGUUUGUGACUAUAGAAUUGUCUGUCAUAUUCUAAAAGGACACUACAGCAAGGAUUUCUUUGAGGGUUGUAGGGCUAUACUGUUAGACAAAGACAGGAACCCAAAGUGGGAACCUUCCAAAUUGGAGUUUGUUAGUGAUAGUGACGUUGAUCGUUACUUCUCCAAGCUUGACGAUGAAGGAUGGGAGGAUUUGGAUCUUCCUAAAAGGUUCAACAAUCUGCCUGCAUAUGCUAUUUCAAAGCUGUAAGGCAUCAACAAUCUAAAUCGUAUCAACUUAAAAUAAAAAUAUAGAAGACAAGUGUCACCCCGUUCAAUGGAUUCCCGAAUGCUUCAAUAUGGCACUUUAAAAUUAGGAAGAAUAAGAGAUGGACAAAAUUUCUU